AUGGCUUCCCAGGUCACCGAGGUCAACCAGACCAACACCACCGGCGCCACCGGCGGGACGCCGCUCCGCCGCGACUCGGACCCGGCACUUGACAUCCACAACCAGCAGCAUCACCACCACCACCCCGGCGCUGUCGAUGCCAAGGGCCACGGCGACAAUGUGACGUACGUGCCGACUGACGUGUCGACCGUUCCUCAACAUGCCGAUGCGCCUCACGACAUCGAGAAGGGUGAAAAGCUCAGCGGUCCUCCUGACUACGACGGCGAGAAGGCAGCUGUGGUGUCCUCCAACGAUGAAGAAGAAGAAGAGCCACAGCGUCGUAGCAUCUUCGCCUCAAUCACAAGAUGGUGGAAGAGAAUUUACAAGGAGCACAGGUUUUUGGUCCAAUCCAAGGUCAUGUUCUACAUAACCGCCUGGUGGGUUGCUUCUCUCGUGUUGCACCGAAACGACAAGAAUUGGAUUGUUCCAUUCCUCGUAUGGUUCGGCUGCUUCCUCCGCUACGUCUUCAACUUCGUCCCGAGCUCCUACGCCUCCCGGCCCAUCAAGUUUGCGUGGCACCACAGCGCCGUGUACAUCUACAACUUCAUCCCCGCCAAGUACCGCACCUUGGCCGGCGGCGCCUUGACGCUCGCCGUCAUCAUCGUCGGUACUUUCGCCUCGGAGGAGGUGGCCGACAACACCCACGAGAACCGCGCCGUCUCCAUCUUCGGUUUGGUUUUCUUCUUGUUCUGCUUCUGGUUGACGUCCCACGACCGCAAGCGCAUCAACUGGCGUCCCGUCAUCGGCGGCAUGUUGUCGCAGUACAUCAUCGCGCUCUUCGUGCUUCGCACCUCCGUCGGAUACGACAUCUUCAAGUUCAUUGCCGACCGCGCUGGUGACCUGCUCGGCUUCGCCAACCAGGGAACCAUCUUCUUGACUGCUGAAAGCGUCAUCGACCUCCACUGGUUCAUCUCGGGCGUCAUCCCGCCCAUCAUCUUCUUCGUCGCCCUCGUCCAGCUCAUGUACCACGUUGGCUUCCUCCAGUGGUUCAUCGGCAAGUUCGCAACCUUUGUCUUCUGGGCGCUCGAGGUGUCCGGUGCCGAGGCCGUCGUUGCCGCCGCCACCCCCUUCAUCGGCCAGGGCGAGUCUGCCAUGCUGGUCCGUCCUUUCGUCCCUCAUAUGACCAAGGCCGAGAUCCACCAGAUCAUGACGUGCGGUUUCGCAACCAUCUCCGGCUCCGUUCUCGUUGCCUACAUCAACCUUGGCCUCAAUGCCCAGGCCAUGGUGUCGUCCUGCGUCAUGUCCAUCCCUGCCUCCAUCGCCAUCUCCAAGCUUCGCUACCCCGAGAACGAGGAGACCCUGACCGCCGGAAAGGUCGUCAUCCCCCCCGACGACGAGCACGAGGCCAAGAACGCCAUCCACGCCUUCGCCAACGGUGCUUGGCUGGGUAUCAAGAUCGCCGGUACCAUCAUCGCCUGUCUUCUCUGCAUCUUGGCCUUCAUCGCCCUGAUUGAUGCUUUGUUGACUUGGGUGGGAAGCUACAUCCAGAUCAAGGAACUGACCAUCAACUUCAUCACCGGGUACAUUUUUGUGCCGCUUGCGUUCUUCCUGGGUGUUCCCCGUGACGGAGACUUGCUCAAGGUCGCCCGCCUCAUCGCCCUUAAGGUCGUCGCUAACGAGUACGUUGCUUUCUCCGCGAUGAAGGAGCCCGAAUAUCUCGACCUCUCUCCUCGCUCUCAGCUGAUUGCUACCUACGCCCUCUGCGGUUUCGGCAACAUCAGCUCUCUCGGCAUCCAGAUUGGUAUCUUGAGUCAGUUGGCCCCCAGCCGUGGUGGCGACGUCAGUGCUUUGGCUGUCUCCGCCUUGUUCUCUGGAGUCAUAGCGACCUUGACCUCUGCUGCUGUUGCUGGUCUUGUUGUCACUCAUCAGACGACUCAGCUGGCUUGA